AUGGAUUCAUUCUUGGACGACUCUUUCAACGAAGAUGAAGUCUCUGACUUCGUACCUGAUGAGGCUCCAAAGCCGAAGGCUAAGGCGAAAGCAGCUGCCAAACCCAAGAAAUUAACACAAACCACUCUCAAAACAAAGCCAGCGGCCAAGGCUACGAAGAAAAAGGCAAAGGCCGAUUUUGAGGACGAAGCAUCAGAUCGCGACGACAUCGACGACUUCAUAGACUCGGUCAUGUCCACGACACCUCCCAAUAAACCGAAGCCAAAGAAAGCACCGACCAAAAAGGCCGGCUCCAAACCAUUGGCAAAUGUGGCUAAUGAGUCCUUCGGCGGUGACGGUGCCGAUGACUUGGAUGCAUCUGAGGCUCCUACACAGACAGGUGCCGCCGAUAAAUAUCAGAAGCUCACCCAACUAGAACACAUCAUCAAACGUCCCGACACAUAUAUCGGUUCAAUUGAAAAGACCACGCAACAGAUGUGGGUUUACGAUUCUGCGACCGAGUCGAUGGAGUUCCGAGAAGUCACUUACGUUCCUGGUUUGUACAAAAUCUUCGACGAAAUCGUUGUCAAUGCCGCCGAUAAUAAGCAGAAUGACGAGAAUAUGGAUGAGAUACGAAUUACCGUUGAUCGGGAAUCUGGUGUGAUCAGCGUCUGGAACAAUGGACGUGGUAUCCCCAUAGAGGUUCACUCCAAAGAGCAAAUCUUCGUCCCUGAGCUCAUUUUUGGUCACCUUUUAACCUCCUCGAAUUAUGACGACGGACAGAUGAAAGUGACAGGUGGUCGUAAUGGUUUCGGUGCCAAGUUAUGUAACGUCUUCUCGACGGAAUUCACCAUUGAAACCUGUGAUUCGCGUCAAGGCAAGAAGUAUCAGCAGACAUGGACGGAAAACAUGAGCAAAAUGGGUAAAGCCAAGAUAACGGCCUCUAAAGUCGAUGAUUACACGAAAGUCACCUUCAAACCUGAUUACAAAAAGUUUGGCAUGGAAGGGAUGGAUGACGACUUCGAAGCCCUUGUGAAGCGCCGUGUUUACGACUUGGCUGGAACAGCCAAAGUUGCAGUCAAGUUGAACGGCAGUCGCAUUCCAAUUCGCAACUUUAAGAAAUACAUGGAAAUGUACACCAAGGCUAUCAAAAAAGAGCGUGGCGAAGAAGCAACAAAUGAUAAGAGCGAGAUAGUUACCGCCAGUCCUGAUCCUCGAUGGGAGGUCGGGUUCACGGUAUCAGAUGGAUCGUUCCAGCAAGUAUCAUUUGUCAACUCUAUUGCGACUACUUCUGGUGGUACCCAUGUGAACUAUAUCGCUGAUCAGAUCUGCAAUCGACUUGCAGAGGCCGUGAAGAAGAAGAACAAGCAAGGCGCUACUCUGAAAGCCUCACAGAUUCGCAACCAUAUCUUUAUUUUCGUGAACGCCCUGAUUGUGAAUCCUGCUUUUACAUCCCAGACCAAGGAACAACUGACUACUAAACCUAGUCAAUUCGGCAGCAAGUGCAUCUUGGACGAGGAUUUUUACAAGAAAGUCUUGAAGACUGAGGUGAUGACAAACAUCCUUCAUUUUGCUGAGAAGAAAGCGGAUCAGAUACUUAAAAAGACUGAUGGAGGACGUCGGUCACGGAUGAAUAACCCGAAACUCACUGAUGCCAACAAAGCUGGUACCAAGGAUGGUCAUCAUUGUACUCUGAUCUUGACCGAAGGUGACUCGGCCAAAGGCCUAGCAAUGGCUGGUCGUGCUGUUGUUGGUCCUGACCUGUUCGGUGUUUUCCCUCUUCGCGGAAAGCUCCUCAAUGUUCGCGACGCAUCAAUUGACCAAAUUUCUAAGAACGCGGAAAUUCAAAAUAUCAAGAGUUUCAUAGGCCUACAGCACAAGAAAGAAUAUACCGACACUAGGGGUCUCCGUUACGGUCAUCUCAUGAUCAUGACUGAUCAGGAUCAUGACGGUAGCCACAUCAAGGGUCUAUUGAUCAACUUUCUUCAAGUGCAAUUCCCUAGCUUGCUCAAGAUCCCCGAGUUCUUGAUCGAAUUCAUUACUCCAAUCGUCAAAGUGUGGAAGGGCGACCCCAAAAAUCCUACUAAGUCGAAAUCCUUUUUCACCAUGCCCGAAUAUGAACAAUGGAAGGAAGAACAUAAGUACGAUCGUACUUGGCAACACAAAUAUUACAAGGGUUUGGGUACUAGUACCACAGAGGAUGCUCAAAUUUACUUUAGAGAUCUAGACCGCCAUUUGAAGGAGUUCCACACAAUGCAGGAUCACGAAGCUCAGCUUAUAGACCUGGCUUUCUCCAAAAAGAAGGCAGACGAGCGAAAGGAAUGGCUUCGGCAGUACAAGCCAGGCACUUUCCUGGAUCAUUCCACCAAGCAGAUUACAUACACAGACUUUAUCAACAAAGAGCUGAUCCUCUUCAGUAUGGCCGACAAUCAGCGAUCUAUCCCUUCAGUUGUGGAUGGUCUCAAGCCUGGUCAGCGCAAAGUCUUGUACACCUGCUUCAAACGAAACGUCAAGAAGGAUAUGAAGGUUGUUGAGUUGGCAGGUCACGUUUCUGGUAUGACCGCUUAUCAACAUGGUGAUACAUCAUUGCAACAGACGAUUGUUGGCCUAGCUCAGACAUUCGUUGGAUCUAACAACUUGAAUUGUUUGGAGCCCAGUGGUAACUUCGGUAGUCGUCUCCAAGGUGGUGCCGAUUGUGCUAGUGCUCGUUACAUUUACACUCGCCUGUCACCAUUUGCACGACGUGUCUUCCACCAAGCCGAUGAGCCGCUUCUCACUUACAAUGAGGAUGACGGAGAAAAGAUUGAACCAGAGCUCUAUGUUCCUGUGGUUCCUUUGAUCCUGAUCAAUGGUGCUGACGGUAUUGGUACUGGAUGGAGUUCGUCUAUUCCCAACUAUAACCCUGAGGAAGUUGUCGCCAACCUCAAGCGCAUGAUGGAUGGAGAAGAACCCGAACCCAUGCAGCCUUGGUUCCGUGGCUUCAAGGGUGAAGUCACUCAGCAGGGUCCUGAUCGAUACAAGUUUAGUGGUCUGAUCAAGGAAGUGAGCGAUAAGGAGGUGGAAAUUACUGAACUCCCCAUUCGCACUUGGACUCAGGACUUCAAAGACAAGCUGGAGGAUAUCAUCAAAGCCGAAAAGACACCGUCGUUCAUCAAGGACUACAAGGAUUACAACACCCACACCAAGGUCCAUUUUGUGAUCCAGAUGGAUGAAAAGCACCUGAAAGCUGCAGUAUCGGAAGGCCUGGAAGAAAAGUUCAAGCUUUCAAGGACCAUUGCAACUAGCAACUUGGUGGCAUUUGAUCCAGAAGGUCGCAUUACCAAGUACGCGACAGUCAGCGACAUUUUGAAGGAGUUUUACGCUGUACGCCUUAAAUACUACGAAAGACGCAAGCAACACCAGCUAUCAGAACUACAGAAGGAAUUGGACAAGUUUACAAACCAAGCACGUUUCGUGCAAAUGAUUAUUGACGGAAAGCUUGUCAUUUCUAAGAAGAAGAAGCCUGUCCUCAUUGCUGAAUUGAAGGAGAAAGGAUUCAAGCCUUUUCCUAAAGUCUCCGAAGCUGUUAAAGCCGGUGAGACUGAACAAGUUGUGGAAGAGGACGAAAGUUCUGAAGAAGCAAAUGUUGAGGUGGCUUCGAAUGCCUACGAUUAUUUGCUCGGGAUGGCUAUCUGGUCUUUGACGCAGGAGCGUGUCGAAAAGCUUCUCCGCCAGAUUGGGGAGAAAGAGACUGAAAUUGAUGAACUGAUCAAGCUUAGCAAGGAAGACAUAUGGCGUCGCGAUCUUGACGAUUUUAUCAACGAAUGGCGCUUCCAACUCGAAGAAGAGCAGCGCCGUGAACGUAAAGUAGCAGGCAUGGGUCGGCGCCAAUCGUCUAAGCUGAUGACUGCGGCCUCCAAGGGUCCAGGCAGGAAGCGCAAGAAUGACGACGAUGAUGACGACUAUGCUGCUCCAAAGAGUAAGAAGGUUGCGACAAGCAAGAAGGCUGAGGCAAAGGGAGGCCUAAUGAGUUACUUGAAGACCUCUCCCAAGCCUAAGAAGACAGCUCAACAGGGUGGCGCUGACGACGAUAUGGAUCUCGACGAUGACUUUGAAGCAGAAGUUCUUCCUAAGAAGAGCCGUGCAGCCGCAAAACCUAAAGCUGCACCGAAGGAAGAAGAAGAAGAUGACGAUGAUUCUGACAUUGAAAUCAUUCCCAAGAAGAGCCGCGCAGCUUCAAAGCCUCCAGCGCCUCCGAAAGAGGGGGAAAACGACGACGAUGAUGAUGAUUUGAUUGAGGUGACAGCUGCAAAGACUGCAUCCAAACCUACUUCAAAGCCCGCCGCAAAAUCAGCAGCAGCAAAGGAAACAAAGGGUCGUCCCACAGCCAAGAAACCGGUUAAAUACACGGUGUCGAGCGAUUCAGAAAGCGAAUUUGGAGAUGACCUCUUGGAUGACGUGAGCAGAAUGGUGAAAGGAAUUGGAGAUUCCAACGGAAAAGCUAUGAUCUCAGAGUUUUCUAAACCUGGAACGAGUGCAGCUCUGAAGAAGUCUGGUGCCAGGGCUUCUAAGAUCAGCAGCGAAUUCGAUCCUGAUGAGACGGAUUACAGCAAGCUUGUCCCACAGCAGUCACCUCGUCGCUCACUCCUUGUCAAACAAAAGGAGAAAGUGAUAGAUGAUGACGAUGCUGAUGAGUCUCCUAAACCAGCCGCGAAAGCAAAGCCCGCAGCGAAGCCCAAGCCAGCUGCAACCACUACGGGAGUGAAGUCUCGCGGAGGCCCUAAGAAGGAUCCUGCUGCUGUUCCUGCUACUAAGAAGGCCCAACCCGCUGCUAAGGGAAGGGGCAAGAAGAAAGUUGUGGAAGACCUAUCUGAUGAUGAUAUCGACGCCAUGGCAAAUGAUAUCCUUGAUUCCGAUGGCGGAGCUGAUUUGGACGACGAACCAGUCAAGGCUCGUCCAUCACGCCGAGCUGCUACUACCAAGACUAAGAAGUAUGUGAUCGACGAUGAUAGUGAGAUGGAUGACCCUGCCGAUGAGGAUUCGGCGGAUGCUUUUGAUGACGAUGAUGAUUCCGAGUGA